AUGUCGACGCUGCCAAGAAUUUCCCCCUCGCCCGUUCUUUCUAAGUUGACUGUUGUGUUUUGGCACUUUUGCGUAAACAAUGGAGUCAAGGCGACUACCCACAACAGCAUCAUAGUGACUCUACUUGGGCUGUCGGCCGUCCGCCCACAUGUGGGUACAUUAGCACCGAACAGCUAUAUAAGUCGCCCUGAAUCUCCCCAUUUCCUUCACGAUCCCACCUUCCGGCGAGUUAUGUCCCACCCUCGAGGGAAUCCGCCGUCCCGCACACCAACCCCCACAGACAAAUACACGAUCUAUUUGCCACCGAUCCUGCCACCACCAACAUUUACCCGUCUCUCGCCAUUUAGCGCACCCCCUUCUCCGGGAAUGCGGGAGGCAAUGGCGCGACCUGUCCCCCCGUUGUCGCUAGGGCAAAUCCCCCAAAUCCCAACCUUUCAAACCAUACGACCGAUUGCACACGCCACACCAACCCCCACUUAUGCGCCACAUGCGAGACAUCAUCAUACUUUGAAUUCCAGAGCCCUGCAGCAGACUCUGUCGCAGCAAGAGAUGCCGCCCCCGUGGGGCGUGGCUUUCAGCAAAUCACAGGACGGGGUUGCCAGUUCUUCAGACACGGAAGGUGUGGCGUGCUCGGGAAAGAAGAGAAGAAGGUAA